AUGCCUGAAUACUCCACACAAGCCAGGGAGCUGGAAAGCAUAGAGGCUGAGCUAAAACACCGUAAUACCUUCUAUAAGGAGCAACUGGGACGCAUUGAAAGGAAGAAUGCUGAGAUGUAUAAGCUGUCUUCACAGCAAUUCCAUGAGGCAGCUUCAAAAAUGGAGAGCACAAUAAAGCCCCGGCAGGCAGAGCCCGUGUGCUCAGGGCUGCAGGCCCAGAUCCUCCAAUGCUACCGUGAGAACCUGCAGGAGGUGCUCCUUUGCUCGGACCUGGUCAGAGCCUACCAGCGCUGUGUCAGCACCGCCCACAAGGCCCUUCUGUGA